AUGGCUGUAGGAGGUCAAAAGAGCGGGUCAAAAGGAGGGAAGAAAGGUGGAAAGAAAAAGACAGCUGAUCCAUUUACCAAGAAAGAAUGGUAUGAUAUCAAAGCACCGUCGAUGUUUCACAAGCGCACUUGUGCCAGGACGUUGGUUACUAGAACUCAGGGCACAAAGAUAGCAAGCGAGGCCCUUAAAGGUCGUGUCGUUACUCUUAGUUUGGGGGACUUGAGCGAAAAGAACGAGGAAACAUUCCGAAAAUUCAAACUCCAAGUUGAGGAUGUUCAGGGUCGGCAUUGUCUCACCAACUUCCACGGACUUGAGAUUACGAGGGACAAACUUUGCUCCCUUGUGGUUAGGUGGCGUUCAACAAUCGAAGCUCAUGUUGACGUGAAGACCACCGAUGGAUACCAUCUCCGCUUCUUUAUAAUCUCCUUCACGCCUAAUCCGAAGUCAGCUCGCCAUGAGUGCCGCCACACAUACGCUCAAGCUACACGCGUCAAGCGAUUGCGCGCUCGACUUGUUGAGGUCAUCCAGCAAGAAGUUUCCUCCUGUGACCUGAAGGAAGUUGUUAACAAACUGAUUCCUGACUCCAUUGCACAAGACGCUCGUAAGGCUGCCUCUUGGAUAUAUCCUCAAGCCGAUACGAUAAUCCGGAAAGUCAAGGUCCUCAAGAAGCCCAAACUAGACAUUGGUCGUCUGAUGGAACUGCAUGGAGAAUCGAAAGAUGCUGCUCCUGGUGAAGGUGUUACGCGGCCUGACCAUUAUGAGCCACCCCAAGUUGACUCUGUUUAG